AUGUUGAAGAAUUUCAUUUUGUUAAUAUUUUCACUGCAUUGUGUAUCUUCCAGAACCAUAAAUUACGAGUCGGAUGAUAAAGCUUCAGCCGGAUGCGAAGUUGCAAUAACUGGGGGUCUAGGAGACCCUCAACCUUUGUUCAUUAUCCCUGGGACCAACAAAUUCUUAGAACCUAAAGAUGACUCUGGCAUUUUACGUCUGGAAUACAAUCAAAAAGUAGAGCUAGCAUGCGCUGGAAGUGAAUUUAGCACUUCAAAAAUGCCUUGGUUUUGGUGGCUGACUGGGGCCGUAUAUGUUGAAACUAUGAUGGCUACUUGUAUUGAGGGCAGCUCUUUCGAAUUGCCUUGGGGCAAGUCGAAUAUCAGCACAGCCCGUUGUGUUUCGAACCCGUAUCACGAAGCCAAACCCACGGGUUGCAGAUGCGGUAGAAGAGAAAGCCGAUCCGAAAUCUAUGAAAUAGGCUUUCAAUUAUCGUCCGGAAGAGUUUUAAAAUUGUUCGACCUAUGUCAUGACAGGGAUAUGGCAGAGACUCUAUAUAGUCAUCAUAAAAUGACACCUGCCAAUGCGGGAUAUCAGCAUUCUGUGCCUAGGCCAAACUUUAUUCAAGGAAAGCACUAUGAUUUUUCAGUUGAUAACGCUUAUAAAACCAUAAAUUACGAGUCGGAUGAUAAAGCUUCAGCCGGAUGUGAAGUUGCAAUAACUGGGGGUCUAGGAGACCCUCAACCGUUGUUCAUUAUCCCUGGGACCGACAAAUUCUUAGAACCUAAAGAUGACUCUGGCAUUUUACGUCUGGAAUACAAUCAAAAAGUAGAGCUAGCAUGCGCUGGAAGUGAAUUUAGCACUUCAAAAAUGCCUUGGUUCUGGUGGCUGACUGGGGCCGUCUAUGUUGAAACUAUGAUGGCUACUUGUAUUGAGGGCAGCUCUUUCGAAUUGCCUUGGGGCAAGUCGAAUAUCAGCACAGCCCGUUGUGUUUCAAACCCGUAUCACGAAGCCAAACCCACGGGUCGCAGAUGCGGUAGAAGAGAAAGCCGAUCCGAAAUCUAUGAAAUAGGCUUUCAAUUAUCGUCCGGAAGAGUUUUAAAAUUGUUCGACCUAUGUCAUGACAGGGAUAUGGCAGAGACUCUAUAUAGUCAUCAUAAAAUGACACCUGCCAAUGCGGGAUAUCAGCAUUCUGUGCCUAGGCCAAACUUUAUUCAAGGAAAGCACUAUGAUUUUUCAGUUGAUAACGCUUAUAAGAGAAAGUCUCAGAAGUCAAUGAUCGCAAAAAUUCUAAAUUCAACUAAACUGGCAAACCAACUAGUGCACGAUACGAACGAUUACUUCAUGGCCCGUGGACACCUGGCCGCUAAGGUGGAUUUUAUAUACGGUUCGCAGCAGCGCGGAACGUUCUAUUUCUUGAACGUUGCGCCCCAAUGGCAGACAUUUAACGGGGGCAACUGGGAACGCGUCGAGUCCUCGGUGAGGAAUUUUGUGAGCGCCAGAGGAAUCGAGGUUGAUCUCUACACGGGCACAAACGGUAUCUUGACAUUCCCAAACGAAAAAGGCGAGCAAAAAGAGAUCUAUCUGAAUUUCGACAAUAACGCAAAUCCUAGAUUACCCGUUCCGAAAGUUUACUACAGAAUCAUUUACGAACCUAAGACCAAGUUGGGUGUGGUGUUGAUAGGUGUGAAUAAUCCGUACGCCAGUUUAGAUGAGAUUAGAAAGGACUAUGUCUACUGCACCGACGUAAUCUCUAAACUCGAUUGGUUGCAUUUUGAUUCAAAGGAUGUGAAACGAGGUUAUACGUAUGCAUGUGAGGUGCCUGAGUUCUUGAAAACGGUUCCGGACGCACCUCAAUUAGAUGUUAAAGGACUCUUAUUGUGAUAACUGAUGGAAGUUUCAAUAUAAUAGUUUAUUUAUAAAAACAUUAUUUAUUUUAUUUUAUAUUUUGUAAUAGAUAUAGUCC